UUUGUUAUAACCUAAUUAUUGAUCGUCGUUGUCUUGAUCCAAUAGAAUACUUCUACAUAAUUUAGAUAGAUAGCUAAUAUGCUAGCUGACUAGCGAACACAAGGCGCUAACGUUUGUCAGGUUAAUUAGGUUAUGUGUGGCCCUCACAACGUAUCUGGCCAAACAGUAGUCCGAGUAUCCAGGGGUCUCGAAACAUCCUAUUUCCAGGCGUGAGCAGCAUGGGCAAGUCUCUGUCCCACCUGUCCAAGGGUUCCCAUGAUGACUGCCAGGACAGCCUGACGUCGUGCCCGGAGGGGGAUGAUGGGAAGGGCGGCGGCGACGUGUCCCAGUUCCCCUACGUGGAGUUCACCGGCCGCGACAGCGUCACCUGCCCCACCUGCCAGGGCACCGGCCGCAUCCCACGGGGUCAGGAGAACCAGUUGGUGGCUCUGAUUCCCUACAGUGACCAGAGACUGAGACCGAGGAGAACUAAGCUGUACGUGACGGCGUCGGUGGUGGUGUGUCUGCUGAUCUCCAGUCUGGCGGUGUUCUUCCUGUUCCCGCGCUCCAUAGACGUCUCCUACGUCGGGGUCAAGUCCGUCUACGUCACCUACGACCAGAGCAAGCGCAUCGUCUAUCUCAACGUCACCAACACACUAAACAUCACCAACAACAACUACUACACUGUGGAGGUGGCCAACAUCACAGCGCAGGUGCAGUUCUCUAAGACGGUGAUCGGCAAAUCCCGCAUCAGCAACAUCACCACCAUCGGACCUCUGGACAUGAAGCAGAUUGAUUACACAGUGCCAACCACUAUAGCGGACGAGAUGAGCUACAUGUAUGACUAUUGCACCCUGCAGACCAUUAAGGUGCACAACAUCGUGGUGAUGAUGCAGGUGAUGGUUACCACGGUGUACUUCGGGCACGCUGAGCAGGUGUCCCAGGAGAUGUACCAGUACGUGGACUGUGGCGGCAACACCACCUCCCUCCACACACACUCUGUGGCCAACAUGCUGCCCCCGCAGGCGUAACCACACACACACACACCAGCAUCUCCAUGACCCUCGACCCCAACCCUGAUCCUGACCCUGACCUUGACCACCCCAUCCUCUCCUCUCUCUCUCUCUCUCUCUCCUCCUCUCUCCUCUUCUCCUCCUCUCUCCUCUCCUCUCCUCUCUCUCAUCUCUCUCUCCUCUCUCCUCCUCUCUCUCUCUCUCCUCUCUCUCCUCUCCUCUCCUCUUCUCCUCCUCUCUCCUCCUCUUCUCCUCCUCUCUUCUCCUCCUCUCCUCUCCUCUCCUCUUCUCCUCCUCUCUCUCUCUCUCUCCUCUCUCUCUCCUCCCCUCUUCUCCUCCUCUGCUCUCUCUCUCUCUCUCUCUCUCUCCUCUCUCUCUCUCUCUCUCUCUCCUCUCCUCUCUUCUCCUCCUCUCUCUCUCUCUCUCUCUGCUCUCUCUCUCCUCCUCUCCUCUGCCCUUAGACUGCGGUCCUCCUCUGGACUGCACAUGAGUUCUCACACAUGAGAGUGGAAGCGUUGACCACCGAGUCCCAGCGUGCACCUGCCCUGGGACGCUUCACACACACACUCACACACUCUCACACACACGCAGCACUUUAUGUCUGAAUCCAACUCGUCCUGCGUAGCUCCACAGGUCCGCCGAUGAACUUUUCCAGUGCCACUGAACCCCAACGACACCACUCCUCUCCCAGACUGCGUGCGUGGAUGUGUGUGUGUGUGUGUGUGUGUGUGUGUGUGUGCCCUGAGUGCGCUCAAGCUGUUUAGUUCUCAUCCCCAUCCCUAGUGCUAGUAUUACUUGUCGCCAUGGUGAUGACCUCUGGGCCGGCCGGCCCCCAGCUCUACACUGCAUCUGUGUUUAGAGUUCAAAUAUUUAUUUACUGUAGAAAGGCUUACCUCAUGUCUCUGACCUCUGACCCCACACAGGGCCGUGUGUGUGUGUGUGUGUGUGUGUGUGUGUGUGUGUGUGUGUGUGUGUGUGUGUGUGUGUGUCGCCCCCUUGUGGUACACUCGAGAACAUUCCUGUUCAUCUCCAUUUGUAAAACCCUCUUGGGUCCUGCAUGAGAAGUCUGCACUGGUUCUUAGCAGUCCCAACCAGAACCAGAACCAGAAGCGAACCGUAACCUAGCAACACCCAACAGAACACAGGAACCAGGAGUGAUCCGUACCUUAGCAACGAUCCGUAACCCAGCAAACCCCAACAGAACACAAGAACCAGGAGCGAUCCGUAACCUAGCAACACCCAACAGAACACAAGAACUAGACGCACCAGAAUCAGCGCUGGUUCUUUAGAACCCAACCGGUUCCAGCGCUGGUUCCGUUGAGAACCCCACAAGAGCCUGAGCUGGCCUUUCCCAAACCCUGCAAGAGAAGAGAAGAGAAGAGCUGAAGUGUGUGUUGGCAGAAGUGUGUGUUCUGCUCCAAUAGAACCUGAACUGUGGAUCGUGUUUCUCAUUCAAACUACUUUGGUGGUGAUAGAUAUUUAGUGUUUCGGUGGAUUCAAAUCUAUUUAGUUUAAUAUUGCAUUUUUAACAUGGUUUCUACAAAAGGUUGUGAAAGAAUCUAACAUUUUUUUAAAAAAACAUUUUUAAUGGAAGUUGUAAAAAAAAGCUUCAAAAAGGGAUAUUGAGUUCAAAUAUCUCAGAGGCCUGUUAAUCGCUACUAACAAGUAUGAGAGCUGUGGGAAGACAAAGAAGGUUGUGUGUGUGCGUGUUUGUGCAUAUGUGUGUGUGUGUGUGUGCAUGCGUGCGUGUGUGUGUGAGAGGAUGCGUGCAUGUGUGCUGUAUGUGUGUGUGUGUGUGUGUGUGUGUGUGUGUGUGUGUGUGUGUGUGUGUGUGUGUGUGUGUGUGUGUGUGUACAGCUCACCUUCUCUUGUGUCUCUAGUGGAAGCACUUUAUGCUGGCUGAACGGAUGUCUGCUUUUAAGAAGAUGAUGUUUGUUGCACUGUCCCCUUGAUGCUACUCUCCCUCCUGCUUUGCUCUAAUCAUCCAAACUAAUGAUCUCUCCCAUUUAUGUUCACUUCAGUUUCACUACUCCUUUAGUUGCUCGCCUAACAGAGCUCUCUCCUGCUGUGAUCACUCAUCCCUGAUGGAGCAGUGUUGUAAAUAUGUAGAUUCCUAUUGUGACUUGGGCUGUUCUUGUGUUUGUAUUACUUCAAACGUCACAUUUUUUUUCUUUUUUUUUUCUUAAUCUUUCAUGAUUGUCUGAAGGCCUUUUGCUACCUGGAUAUGUUGAUAUUAUCCCGUAAGAAGAUUGAGAACAAAUCAAAUGUGGGUUUCAGACUCCUGUGUUGUUUCUUCUAAGCAUGAAUAAAAGUCUAAAUGGAA